GAGAGAGAGAGAGAGAGAGUCUGAUUUUGGCUCCAACAGGCAACAUGGCUCGACUUUGGUGGCUGCUGCUAGUCUAACUUCCAAAAAGCAGCUCUUCUCAACCUCAGUUUUGCAGAGAAACGGGACAUGGCUGGAACGUUUCGAAGAUGCUUGUUCUGCUGUACAAAAGCAAGGGGCACGAAGGAAGACAUGGCUAAGGACUCGUACGAGGAUGCCAUUGCCGGACUUUCGAAGCUCCUGAGUGAGAAAGCUGACCUCGAAGGCGUCGCCGCCGCAAAGAUCAAGCAGAUAACGGCCGAGUUGGAGUCGGACGAGCUGGACCCGGUCGAGAAGAUCAGAACCGGUUUCCUCCAUUUCAAGAAAGAGAAAUUUGAGAAAGAUGCUGAUUUAUACGGCAAACUUGCCACAGGCCAAAGCCCCAAGUUCAUGGUUUUUGCAUGCUCAGACUCCCGAGUUUGCCCCUCGCAUAUCCUCAAUUUUCAACCAGGCGAGGCCUUUGUGGUCAGAAACAUCGCAAACAUGGUCCCUCCAUUUGACCCGAAAAAAUACGCGGGAGUGGGGGCAGCCAUUGAAUAUGCGGUAUUGCAUCUGAAGGUGGAGAAUAUCAUUGUCAUUGGACACAGCUGCUGUGGUGGGAUCAAAGGGCUCAUGUCAAUCCCUGAUGAUGGGACCACUGCUAGUGAAUUCAUAGAGGACUGGGUGAAAAUCUGUUCGCCGGCUAAGAACAAGAUCAAAACAGCAUACAGUGGUUUAACUUUCAAAGAGCAGUGCACCAACUUGGAGAAGGAAGCUGUGAAUGUGUCACUGGGAAACCUACUGACAUAUCCAUUUGUGAGAGAAGGGGUGGUGAACAAGACACUAAGCCUGAACGGCGGAUACUACGAUUUCGUCAACGGUAGCUUCCAGCUUUGGGAUCUUGAAUUCAAAAUUACACCCCAUUUGUCUGUCUGAGCAGCAAACGUUGUCCAGAAGCCUUGGUAUCAUUUCCUAUGUUCUGCAUUUCCUUUGGAACAAGUUUUUGCAAAAUAAUAGCCUUUAUGGCUUUGUGUCAUAAUGAAAUCAUGUAGUUUGGUCCAUUUCUCUCUUUUUGUCGCCGUAUGUAAAAAUUCUCCUUUCUAGGCUUCAAACAUUGUUAAAAUUUUCUAUACAGUGAUUGUACUUUUAGGCA